AUGUCUUCACCAGCAACAACGCCUCCUCCGAAGGACCCAAACUCCGAGAGAAACUUCAGAUUCCUUCAAAGUGGUACACCAUGCGAGUGGGCUGAGUCUUAUCGUCCAGGAGGGUUUCAUCCGGUCCACUUUGGCGACGUCUUCAAAGGCCGUUACGAGAUUCUUCGUAAGCUUGGGAACGGUUCCUUUGGCACGGUUUGGCUGGCAUUCGAUUCGUCCUAUAACCGCUACGUUGCUCUGAAGAUCGAAGCAGCCAAGCGAAAGGAUCCAACUGAAGUAAAGAUAUAUCGCAUUCUGGCCAAUAAGGUAUCAAAUGACCAAAGCUCGAAGUUCGUCGUGGGUCUUUUGGACUACUUCUAUCACGACGGUCCCAACGGUAAUCACCUUUGCCUGGUACUUGAACCUAUGGGUCCGAGCCUGUCAUCGGUCCUCAACGCCCCGGUCGAGAUAUAUGAUCCCCGGAAUCCUCCGGUACGACGCUUUAGAAGUGAUAAAACAAAAAGUAUUCUGCGGCAUGUGCUUUCUGGCCUCAACUUCCUUCACAGCAAUGGAAUUGUGCACGGCGACCUUCAAUCAGGCAACAUCCUGUUCGCUUUACAAGAUCUUAAUCUUUUAGAUCGCCAGAUUCUCAAGCAAGAUGAAAAUGACGCCUCAAAGAUAGACAUGUUGCGGCGUAUUGAUGGCAAGCUCGACAGGUGGGCCCCGAAAUAUCUGGCCGUCUCGGAUCCCUUGUCAUAUUACAUGCUUGAGGGGCAAAAUCAGGUGGCAAAGCUCUCGGAUCUAGGUGGAGCUUUUUGCAUUGAUGAUCCGCCGCUGUCUGUUCUGACUCCAGCCUCCCUUCGAGCACCAGAGGUGAUCCUCAACGAAGCUAUCGGAACGGGCAUUGACAUCUGGAGUUUUGGUUGUAUCGUAUACGAGCUCGUCACAGGCGCCGCACUGUUUCAACUUCCUCCUUUCGGCCUUAGCGAUACCGAGAAGAAAGAUGAACAGCUGAUACAGCUGACCGACAUCAUUGGACCACUCCCACGGACUCUUGCAGCGAAAUGGUCUAAUGCAAAGAAAUACUACGAUUCUAGCGGAGAAAGACUCGAUACAGUCCCAACGGAUAUCAUAGACGGGUUCACUGAAGACAGCAUUUCUGAUUCUCGUUCGAUAGAUGGCAGCUCUGAUGGAGUCGAAGACGCGGAUAGGUCACGACUCGACUUAGGUGAGCGCGUACCGCCGCAAGUCCAUGAAUCUCUCGAAAAGCUAGUAAAGGUCCAUAAGGCAUCCUAUGUGGGCGAGGAGGAGGAAGAGCAGAUCGUGUCAUUUUUGAGGGCCAUUUUCCGUUACGAUCCUUUGCAUCGCCCAUCCGCAGGAGCAUUGCUCGAUUUCUCUUGGUUGAAUACUUGA